UAGUUAGCAAACGGAUCAGCCUGAACGUACUCACGUUCUGAACAACAGUCUCCUUUUUAAAAAAAAAAGAAAUCGACCACAGUUGUGAUAGCAGGCUUUAAACCAAAAGCAACACCUCUAGGCGGGUUUCCGGUGAACGUGGACAGUGAUCUCCCCAGGGGAGAUUAGCUAGUUAUCUCUCUUAGCCUCCCGAUAACCGGGAUUAGCAAACGUUAGCUAGCUUGCUAACAAGCUAAUAACAACAACAAAGGCUCUGGAGCUGUCUGAAAGCAGAAAUAUGGCAGAGUCCAGCGACAUGAUUGAAGUCACUGUGAAGACUCUGGACUCCCAGAGCAGGAGCUACAAAGUCAGAGGCGAGCUGACAGUGAAGCAGUUCAAGGAGCACAUCGCAUCCUCAGUGGAGAUUCCAGUAGACAAGCAGAGGCUCAUCUACCAGGGCAGAGUGCUGCAGGAUGACAGAUCACUGACUGAGUACAAUGUAGAUGGGAAGGUAAUCCAUCUGGUGGAGCGCGCCCCGCCUCAGACCACCAUGUCUGGCUCUGGGGGUGCAGGUGUUUCCACCGGUGGGGUGGAGAGCAGAAACAUCAGCAGCCAGAGUGCGCCACACGACCGCAAUGCCAACAGCUACGUGAUGCUGGGGACAUUUAACCUGCCCGUCAACAUCAUGGACCCCCAGCAGAUACAGAUGUCAGUUCAGCAGAUGAUGGCUGGGGCUGGUGAAGCUGGAAGGAAUGCCAGGGUCAGCACCAGCUCUGGGAGCAAUGGCUCGGUGGACGUGCAGAUCAACUUGGACCAGUCAGUGCACAGUGAGCCCAGGAUGAGACUGCAGCUGGCUGAGAACCUGCUCCGAGACGCUUGCUCUCUGAUUCACAGACUGGAGGGAGUGUCCGGUGACAGCAGCUCCCAUUCAGAGCCAGAGGUACCUCAGUCCUCUUCUUCCCCGCCACCAUCUUCUUCCUCUGUCAGAGGGGCUGCCGUGUCACAGCCAAUGGACACCAGCUCUUCUUCCGUCCCAUCAUCCUCCACCUCCACCCAGACUGAGGGAGCAGCCAACACUGGGCCCAAUCACCCAAGUCCAGCAGAGUUUGUGGAGGUUCUCUCUGAAGUGAGGAGGGUGGAGGAGAGGUUGCGUCCCUUCAUAGAGAGGACCCACUCGAUCCUCGGUGCAGCCACAUCAGCCGACUACAACAACAAUACCCAGGAGAGAGAGGAGGACCAGCGUAUUCUCAACCUGGUUGGAGAUGCUCUGCGUCUCCUUGGAAACACCUUAGUCGUCCUCGGUGACCUACGCUGCAACCUGGCGACUUCUCCUCCUCGUCACCUGUAUGUGGUUCGCCCCAUGGCCCACUACACCCACCCGGUCCUGCUCCAGGCUGGUCUGCCACACAUGCCCAUUCCAAUAAACUUAGGGACAACAGUAACCAUGACAUCUAAUGGGAGACAGACAGCCGAAGGACAACGCCAGCCCUCCCAGGUCGCUGGCCAAUCAGAUCAAGAGGCUACAGACCAGGCUCCACCUACUCAAACGUCAAACGGGGCCACUCAAGGACAAGGGGGACCCCGAGUGAUCCGGAUCACCCACCAGACCAUGGAGCCUGUAGUCAUGAUGCAGAUGAACAUAGAUGGUGAGUCCGCUGCUGGGUCUCAGGUUCCAGGACAGCCAAACGCUGCAGGUCCCAGGCAACCUGGUGUGACACCUGUCCACUUCCCAGGACUUCCCCCUGAGUUCAUGCAGGCCAUCGUGCACCAGAUUUCUCACCAAGCCGCUGCCAUGGCUGCUGCAGCCUCAGCAGGUCACCCAGCGCAGAUGGGGUCUGGCCCUUCAACAUCUAGCGCUGAAACGACCGCUUCCCCACAGCACCCCCACCCCGCUCAGGCCAGGGUGGUCAUCACCAGGCCGUCCUUCUCCCCUCGCAUCCCUCAGCCUGUGGGAACCAGGGGAACCACCAUCAACCUGAGAGCGACAGUACCCACAGCUGGCCAACAACCAGGACAGGGCACACCUCUGGCUCCCUCCUCCCUCACCCAGGUGAUCAGCGGUCUGGUCGGACAGCUCCUGAUGCCGGGGCAGCAAGGCGAUCCUGUUUCCACCUCCUCCUCGACCAGCUCUCAGUCCUCCUUCUCUACCUCGUUUUUGUCUGAUUCCUCCACCAUGCCUCCUCCCCCUCCCUCUGCCAACACCUCGGGACAGACGUCCACCCGCACCACCAGUACAACCUCCGUGGGCCAGCCAGCGGAAGGCAAUCCUGAGGGAAACCUGGCCCAGCUCCUCAGCUCUCUGCUGGGAGGAGCAGCUGGACCGGAGGGACCCGGCUCUGGAUCGGCGCCCUCCAUCACUGUGACACUGCCGGCUGUGCCCGGCUUCUUCCAGGGCAUGUCUGACUUCACCCCGCCACCUACCAGCGGCCCCGGCGCCCCAGUCCCUCCCUCGUCCACCAGUACUCCCCCUCCCCAGGCCGGCAGUGGUACAGGUGGAGACUCUUUGAGCCCAGAGCUGUUCACGGGCAUCGUGCAGGGAGUGCUGUCCACCAUGAUGAGCUCUCUGGGGGCACAACAGGGCAACGGAGAGAGCAUCGCCCAGUUCAUCCAGAGACUGUCCCAGACCAGUAAUCUGUUCACUCCAGGCUCUGGAGAUUCUGUGGGGUUCUUUGCUGAUCUGCUGUCCCUGGUGUGCCAGAGCUUCUCCAUGGUGGACAUGGUGCUGUUGCUUCAUGGGAACGCCCAGCCUCUGAGCCACAUCCAGCCCCAGCUCACUGACUUCUUCACUGAACACUACCUCCAGGGCAGAGAGCCCAGUGAUGCUAACAUCGCUACAGCAGCUGAGGACCUCAUCAACGGACUGGAGGAGUACAUAGCUGAGAGCUUUGCCACAGUGACGGUGCGAGAAGGAGUGGACAUCGUUCAGACCAACCUGUCUUUCCUCAGACAGCAGUUCACGCAAAUGGCCUCGCAUAUCCUGCGCUGCAGCGAUCACACGUUUGGCCCUCGUCUGCUGCUGCUGUGCACUCAGGGCUUGUUUGAGUGUCUGGCUCUAAACCUGUACUGCCUGGGAGGAGAACAGAGAGCUCUAACCGCUGUCAUCAACCACCGCAUUAGGAGGAUGUCUGCAGAAGUCAACCCCAGUCUCGUCAACUGGCUGACCAGUAUGAUGUCUCUGAGGCUGCAUGUCAUUCUGGAGCACAACCCAGUGACCGAGGACCAAAUCCAGCACUACGUCAUCUACACGCAGGGGGAUUUGAACCAGAGGACAGAGGCUGAAGCGCAGCAGCUGUCAGAGAGUCCCAGUGUCCAGAUGGAGGAGAGUUUGUCUCCAGCUGCAGCCACCACAGCAGAGGAGGCCAUGGCUACAUCAGCUGACGGCGGAGAGAGGGGCGCGCCUCCUGGAGACAGCGCCGCCUCGUCAGGGGACGCUCAGCGUCCCGCCGGGGCCCCUGUCGGACGAGAAGAGGCGGCCCCCGAGGUGGAGCCGUGGGCAGCAGCUGUUCCGCCUGAAUGGGUUCCCAUCAUCAGGCACGACAUGCUGUCUCAGAGGAAGAUCAAGGCCCAGCCGCCGCUGUCUGACGCCUACCUGCACGGGAUGCCCGCCAAGAGGAGGAAGACAACCCAGGGUGAAGGACCACACCUGUCCCUGUCAGACGCAGUGAGUCGAGCCGCCCGUGCUGCUGGAGUCCUGCCCAUCACGGCCCCGAACAGCCUGCAGGGGGAGCUGGAGAGGCCAGAGCUGCAGGAAGCAUACACCAAACAGGUAAAGAGUGACAUCAAAGAGCGAGUGAGAGACGAUCCAGACUACAACGCCCAGAGAUUCCCCAACACGCAUCGAGCCUUCUCAUUGGAAGACUCCUAAUCCUCUACAGCCGUGUGCUGCAGAGGAGCAAGGGCAGGUCCAGAACAGGAUCUGUGCAUGCUACCUGCAGCAAGGAACUCUGGUACAUGUAGUAAUGGUGACAUCCCGUUGGAAAUCCGGCCUGAAAGGACGACAGCUGCCGAUUUCGCCGAAACGAUUCCUCCUCUCCUGCUUUCAGAACGUGACGUCUCUUUGCUGUAGUUUGGUUAGAAUGGAGAGAAAAAAAAAAAAAAAAACUUGCAGACUACGGAGCCUUCAUGGCACAUGGUUCGAGGAAGUGUGAG